GGGCCUGAGGGAUUCCGACUGAGUGGGCGAAGGCUGUUUCUGGAAGGGCAGAGCUGCAGAUAUGGUUUUGUUGAUAUUCCUCUCCAUCUGUGUUAUGCAUUAAGGUGUCAGUGCAAUACCACUGGAAAAGGACCAUGUUGAAGAAAUGGUAACACGAUGUAUAGUGGAAGUUCUUUCUAAUGCUCUGUUGAAACCAAAUGCUCCACCAAUAAAUCCUCAGUGCAAAGAGAUCCUCAAGAAGAGUGGUAGGCAUGACAGAGAAAAGAAAAAAAAUGAAAAUGCAGAUGAACAACUUGAAGUAAGGCAUUUGAAAGAAACAGCAGAGGAUGAAAAACAACAGCAUGUGAGUGUGGAGGAAGAGCAAAGUCAGAAUGAAGAACAGUCUAAAAGACACAUGGAAGGACAUGAAGAGGAGAAACACCAUCAUGAGGAAGAAAAGAGUAGGGAAGAGGAGGAGAAAUCCCAUGCUUUUGCCCAGGGUCAUCCUUCUCCUGAAGGUGGAACCUAUAAGGAGGAAAACAAUCAUCAGGAAGAAAUAAGAAGUGAGGAAGAAGAGAAGGAGAACGGCUAUAAAAAACACUAUCACAGUGAAGAAGAAAGCAAAGAAAACAAGCAUCAUGAUGAAGACUCGAAGCAUGAGCUUCUAGACAAAAAAUCCCAUGCUGCAGCCAAACGUGUAGGGGAAUUCCUUGAUGGGGAUGACAAACGCUUCAUGGGUCAUACUCAUUCAGAGGAAAGGGUGAACAGCCAUGAAAGUGAGGAGAAAGAGGAGGAGGAGGAAGAGGAGGAAAGCAGUGAACAGUACCAUCAUGAAUCUAAAGAACGUAGCUUCUAUCAGCGUAGAGGGCAUGAAGAAUCUGAGGAGACGGAAAAAGCUGGGGAGGAAAAGCGACGCUACAGACCAAAACAUUAUCACAGGAAGUACAGAGAAGGUGAUUUCUCUGAAGAGAAGAGAGAUCACAAUGGUGAAAAAAUGGAAUCCAGUGAAGAGACCCCUUUAUGGGAUAAAAGGAGCCAUUAUCAGAAGCACCGGUAUGAAGAGCCUGAGCAUCAUCAUGAGGAGAAGAGGGGCUCUCAUGGGGGAGACAGUUCUGAAGAAGUGGAAGAAAAGAGGCACACUGGCCAUGGGAGUGAGGAGUACAGAGAGAGGUGGCAGAGCGAAGAAAGCAGUGAAGAGGUAGACAAGAGGCAUCAUCACAGUGAGGAAAGCAAAGAAAAACGGCAUGAGGACAAGAGGUACCAUGGUGGAUCACAUGAGGCAGUAAGACACCAUCAUGAAGGAAAGACACAUCACAGUGAAGACAGUGAAGAAGACCUGGAUAAGCGCCAGAGUCAUGGCAACAGGAAUGAGAAGAGGCAUCACAGUGAAGGGAGACACCACCUGCAAGAGAGUGAAGAGGAGGAGGUCCCAGAUCUAUACAGCAGAGAGAGUAAAGGGCAGGCAAGGCACUAUGGCACUGAGGAGAGGUACAGUGAAGAGAAAAGGCACUAUCUUGGAAACAGCCAGGAGGAAGAAGAAAUAGAAAAGAGUCUUCACAGUGAGGAACAAAAACAAUUUGAUGAAGACAGUAUGGAGAAAGUAAGGUAUGGGGAAAAGGAGGAGUAUAAGAGCCAUCUCCCAGCAGAGACUGAGAAGAAAGCCACAACUCCAUAUGGCCCUUUCUAUCCACGGCUCCAGUGGAAAAGCAGGCAUUUGGAAAAAAUGGACAACACAGGAGGUCAGAUUCGGGAGAGCGAAGAGGAAGGCAGACCCACCCUGAGUGAAAAGAACUUCUUCCCUGAAUAUAAUGACUAUGACUGGUGGGAGAAAAAGCAACUUCUGGAUCGUCUGAAUCGUGGGCAUAGUGAGAAAAGGAAUCUGGGAAAGAUCCGCAAAUUUGAUAUGAAGAGGCAAUACAGCAGAAUGGAUCAACUCGCCCAGCUUCUGAAUUACAGGAAGAAAUCUGCUGAGUUUCCCGAACUAUACAGUUCUGGAGAAGACAUGAAAAAGCGUCAUGUUAUCCGGAGUGACAAGGGAAAUCUGAGCCAGAGGCCCCUGACAGAGGAGGAGGAAAAGGAACUGGAAAAUUUGGCUGCCAUGGAUUUGGAACUGCAGAAGAUUGCAGAGAAGUUCAAUGACAACAGGAGAGGAUGAAGAUCAUUUGUGAGUGGUGUGGCAUUUCAAAGCUAGGUGUAGCUUUGCUCACUCAGUACCUAUAUAGCUUGGCAAAUUCAUUGCCACUGAAGUGUCAUUUGUCCUAAAAAAACAGGAAAUGCAGUUUACUGUCCACUCAAGUGUAGUGAUUUAUACUGCUGGAAAUGUUUUUAAUUUGCCAUUAUGCUAUUGAGAUUUGAAUAGCAUGAAUUCUAACAUAUAACCUUACAUGCAAAGCAGAUAUUUUUAAUAUGCUUGUGCAAAUAUUUGUGUCAGUGUUCUUCAGAAAUAUUUGUCUGAGAGUUUGAAAUAAUAAAAACAUUGAUCUAGGACCAAAUCCUUCUCCUUGCCUGACAUGUUUUGGUUUCACAAUUCUGCGGUUACUUUCAAAUAACCCAGAUCAGAGAUCAGAAAAAUAGAUCUAUACACAACACUGAAAUGUAAUUUCUGGAUAUUUUAUUAAAGGUUAAUAUA